CGGGCUCCGGCGGCCUGAAGACGCCACACACUUAGUCGACGGGUGCCUCUUUCAUCACCACCAGGGAAUCAUCUCCAUCCGAUCUUCCUCAUGGCGGAUCCUCAUUUACUGCCCCAGGCUCAUGCCUUCCAAGUUCCGCUCCUCAAUUUAAACAACUACCACUUUUACCAUUGUUAUUAUCAACUGAAAAGAACAACCUCUACCAUACUCUCUCAGUCGCUCCACCACCUCCAGCGUUUUACAAUCACCGCACGUUAGCUUUCGUCCAACAAUGGCCACCGCCACUUUCGCUGCUGCAUUAGCCUUUAUAGGCACCUACUUGCUGAACGUGCAUUCGAGUUUGGGCCGGUUCCAGGCAAGGUUUGGGGCGCCCGAGUGGCUAGAUAGAAGUCUGGUGGGUGAUUACGGGUUCGACCUGUUCGAGUUGGGGAAAUCAGCGGAGUACUUGCAGUUUGAAUUGGAUUCAUUGGAUCAAAACUUGGCGAAGAAUCUGGCUGGUGAGUUGAUCAGGAUCCGUGAGUGCUUCGAAGUUAAGCCCACGCCGUUCUAGCCGUACACUGAGGUGUUUGGAUUGUAGAGGUUCCGUGAGUGCGAGCUGAUUCACGGGCAAUGGGCCAUGUUGGCUACUUUGGGUGCCCUCGCCGUUGAGUGGCUCACCGGAGUGACCUGGCCGGAAAGGUACGUCAGUGAAUUUCCC